GCCGAGCCGAAGGCGUCACGCGAGGCAUGAUCGUGAGAGGCCAGGCGUGUCGCGGACUCCGGGCGGCGGGCUCAGCGUGCCGUCGCGCGUUGUCGACGCCAAGCUUCGCGCCGGCGGGCUCCCUCGCCUGGCCGAAAAAGCCGCGAGUGCUCAUCCUCGGCAGCGGGUGGGGCGGGAACAAGGUUGCACGCAACCUCGACGGCAACAAGUUUGACGUCCGGCUCGUGUCUCCAUCAAACCACUUCCUCUUCACGUCCUUCCUGCCCGCGACCGCCGUCGGCACGCUCGAGUUUCGAGCAGUGCAGGAGCCCGUCCGCACCAACCCGAACCUGUCGCAGUACUACCAGGCAAAGGCCACGCGGCUCUACCCUAAGGAGAAGAAGGUGGUGUGCACCGACAUCUUCAAGGAGAAAGAGUUCGAGCUCGAGUACGACUUUCUGAUCAUCGCCGCCGGCUGCAAGACGAACACUUUCCGCACGCCCGGCGUGGACGAGCGCGAGGGCAUCGAGGUCUUCUUCCUCAAGCACCUCUACCACGCCCGCCAGAUCCGCUCCCGCAUGCUCGAGUGCUUCGAGCGCGCUGCGAUGCCGGCGAGAGUCAAGCCGGGCGAGGUGCCGACCGCAGAGUCCGCCGCCAAGCGCCAGGAGGAGAUCGACCGGCUGCUCAGCUUUGUGGUCGUCGGCGGCGGCCCGACCAAUUGCGAGUUUGCGACGGAGCUCAAGGACUUCUUGACCAAGGACGUGGCGCGCUGGUACCCAGACCUCGUCGACCGCGUCAAGGUGACCAUUGUCGAGGCGGGGCCAAAGAUCUUGGGCAUGUUCUCGGAGCACCUCAUCGAGUACUACCUCGCAGGGCUGCAGCGCAAGGAGGUCGACGUGCGCGUCAACACCCUGCUUGCCAAGGUGCUCCCCUUCGGCAUGAUGGUCUGGUCGGCCGGCCUCGCGCCCGUCAAGUUCCUCACUGAGAACAACAACUUCGAGAAGGGCAUGAUGGGGCGCAUCAAGGUCGACGACUAUCUGCGCGUGCCUGACACGGGCGGCUGCGUGUAUGCCAUCGGCGACUGCGCCGUCACCCCCGAGCCUCUGCCGCCCAUCGCCUCUUCCGCCGAGCAGCAGGGGCAGUACUUGGCUGAUUGCUUCAACACGUACUACUACAAGCCCGAAUUCCAAUCCUCGAGCGACGAGGACCUCCCUCUCCCUGGCCCGGUGCCUGCGCCGGUGGGGCUGCCCUUCCCCCGCUUCAUGUACCCCAACUCGGCCAAGUUCAGCUACAUCAACGUCGGCGGCAUGGUCAGCAUGGGCUUUGGCGACGGGAUUGUGGACAUGUCAAGAGCGGACGUGCCCGGCUUCGAGUUUGGCGACCGCGUGUACAAGCCGUCGAUGCGCGGCUAUUUCGCGAUGGCGGCGUGGCGCGGCGGCUACCUGCUGAAGCAGCUCUCGUACAGGAAUAUGAUGCUCAUCCCAAUGUACUGGUUCAAGUCGAUCAUCUUUGGCCGCGACAUCUCCAACGGCUACUAGCGGCAGCCCGGGCCCUGGAGACGUGUGUGUGUAUCCGGACGUGACCCUGAAUUGUGCGCACACUGAGAAAUGUCGCGCUCUCGUCGCCGUCGAUCAAUCUCUCUUGUAGCUUGUACUUGACUUGGUGUUCUUGGAUCUUGCCGAUGGCCAUGUGCCGAUGGCGCCUCCCUGUAAAACACGGCGACAG